AACUCCAUAGACAGGCCAGCACAGCCAGCCUUGCAGCCUGAGAUAAGGCCUUUGGCGGGUGUCUUCCCUAUCGCUCUCUCAAGCCCUCAAGUAAGUGUUGGAGAGAGGGGUGAUGCUUGGUGCUGGUGGAACCCCUGCACAGAGACGGACACAGGAUGAGCUCUAAGUACCCGCGGUCUGUCCGGUGCUCCCUGCCCCUCUGGGCCCUAACAGUGGAAGCAGCUCUCAUUCUCCUCUUCUUUUUUUUUACCUACUACGACGCUUCCUUAGAGGAUCAAAAGGGGCUCCUGGCGUCCUAUCAAGUCUGCCAAGAUCUGACCGUGAUGGCGGCCCUUGGCUUGGGCUUCUUCACCUCGAAUUUGCGGAGACACGGCUGGAGCAGUGUGGCCUUCAACCUCUUCAUGCUGGCCCUUGGUGUGCAGUGGGCAAUCCUGCUGGACGGCUUCCUGAGCCAGUUCCCUCCUGGGAAGGUGGUCAUCAAACUGCUCAGUAUUCGGCUGGCCACCAGGAGCGCUAUGUCGGCGCUGAUCUCAGUGGGUGCUGUCUUGGGGAAGGUCAACUUGGUGCAGUUGGUGGUGAUGGUGCUGGUGGAGCUGACAGUCUUUGGCACCGUGAGGAUGGUCAUCUAUAAUAUCUUCGGAACAGACUACCACAUGAACAUGAUGUACAUCCACGUGUUUGCAGCCUAUUUUGGGCUGACUGUGGCCUGGUGCCUGCCAAAGCCUCUACCCAAGGCAACAGAGGAUAAAUAUCGGACAGCAACGAGCCCCAGUUUGUUUGCCAUGCUGGGCACCCUCUUCUUGUGGAUAUUCUGGCCAACUUUCAACUCUGCUCUGCUGACAAAUCCAAUUGAAAGGAAGAAUGCUGUGUUCAACACCUACUAUGCUCUAGCAGUCAGCGCGGUUACAGCCAUCUCAGUGUCAUCCUUGGCUCACCCCCGAGGGAAGAUCAACAUGACUUAUAUGCACAAUGCAGUGUUGGCAGGAGGCGUGGCUGUGAGUGCCUCAUGUCACCUGAUCCCUUCUCCUUGGAUUGCCAUGGUGCUGGGUCUUGUGGCUGGGCUGAUCUCCAUCGGGGGAGCCAAGUGCCUGCCGGUGUGUUUUAACCGAGUGCUGGGGAUUCACGAGAGCCACAGCGUGCACUACACCUUCGGCUUGCCGGGUCUGCUUGGAGAGAUCGCCUACAUUGUGCUGAUGGCGCUUCAUGUUGUCUGGGCCAGCAGUAACAUGAUCGGCUUCCAGGUCCUCCUCAGCACUGGGGCAUUCAGCUUGGCCAUGGCGAUGAGUAUCACAUCUGGUCUCCUGACAGGUUUGCUUCUAAAUCUCAAAAUAUGGAAAGGACCUCAUGUGGCUAAAUAUUUUGAUGACCAAGCCUUCUGGAAGUUUCCUCGUUUGGCUGUUGGAUUUUAAGAAAAAGCAUCCAAGAAAAACAAGGCCUGUUCAAAAACAAGACAACUUCCUUUCACUGUUGCCUGCAUUUGUACGUGAGAAACGCUCAUGACAGCAAAGUCUCCUUAUGUACAAUGAAACAAGGUCAGAGACAGAUUUGAUAUUAAAAAAUAAAAGACUAAAAACUUAGUUUAAGAGUCAAUUUAAUAAGUUUAAAAUAAAUGUUUAGUUUCAUUAGGAUGAUGCUAUCAAUAUUUUCCUGGUUACAGACACAUUAUUAAAGUUUUGGGUUAAUUUUA